AUGAUAUUUUGGCGUUACAAAAGGGUUAAGGAUGAUUGGAGGAGAAGAGAAGGACCACAUACACCUAGAAAACACAUACAAUGGAGUCUCAAGAACACAGUUCUUCUCUCAUGUCUACCUUUCCUUCACUCUGCUACAAACCACAACACUUCCAUUCCUAUCUGCCCAAAAAGUUUCACUUGCCCAAAUUUGGAACCAUUUAGUUACCCGUUUUAUAACGCCAAUGACACAAAGUGUGGGUUGAUUAAGGUCAAUUGUACUUCAAAUGGUACAAAUCUGGAAUUCAGAGGAGAGUUAUAUGAGGUUGGUGGCAACUAUAGAUCUCCUUCUCGUCCAUCCGUCCUGGUCCUUGUCCUUAACAAAAAGUUUGAAAAACUUGUAGAUGAUAAAAAGUGUGAGGCACUUGAGUAUAAUUUCACUUCUCCAUUUCCUUUUUUGUAUUCUACCAAAAUCGAACCCUUCACCAAUGUCUACAAAUGCAGCAACAAUACCAAUCAUGCUGAUGAAAUGGUUGCUUAUUUUAACCAAUCUACUUACAAUAGAUACAGCAAAUGCAAACCAUACAAUUUCUAUUAUAAGUAUAACAUAAGUGAUACAACAUUUCCAAGUCAUCUUCCACCUACAUGUGAAAUAAUACAGCUACCAGUGAAACUGCAAUGGAAUACCACUAGAGUACCCGACAAAACCAACAUAUUUUCCGUUCUCGGUUUUCAAUUCUCCAUUAGAUUUGAAUUGUCAAGUUCCUGCGAUAAAUGUGGCAAGAAAGACGGACAGUGUCAUGCCUCCAAUGGACAGUUUCAGUGUUUAGGAGCCAAAAAAGAAAACCCACUCGGAAAACUGAAACACAUCCAAGUUCUUGCUGGAUCUGCGUUCAUCAUCAUCCUCUUUAUUGUCAUCUCCAUAAUCUGGUGUCGGUACAAGAACAGCCCUUUUUCCUAUUUCUCAUCAAAGGACAAAUCACCACAUGUUGAAGAUGGGAAUGGAGGUUUUGGAGCUGUUUACUAUGGAAAACUCCAAGAUGGGAGAGAAGUUGCAGUGAAGAGACUUUACGAGCACAACUACAAACGAGUCCAACAAUUUGUGAAUGAGAUUAGAAUCCUCACCAGAUUACGCCACCCCAACCUUGUGGUGCUCUAUGGUUGCACCUCUCGACAAAGCCAUGAACUUCUCCUUGUGUAUGAAUACAUCCCCAAUGGCACUGUUGCAGAUCACCUCCAUGGCAAACAAGCAAAUUCAAGCUUGCUGACAUGGCCGUUGAGGAUGAACAUAGCCAUCGAAACUGCCAGAGCGUUAGUGUACCUUCAUGCCUCUGAAAUCAUACACCGAGAUGUCAAGACAUGUAACAUUCUUCUUGAUCAGAAUUUCAGUGUCAAGGUAGCAGAUUUUGGGCUCUCAAGGCUCUUACCGAAUGAUGUCACUCAUGUGUCUACAGCUCCUCAGGGAACCCCAGGAUACGUGGAUCCCCAAUAUCACCAUUGUUACCAAUUAACGGAUAAGAGUGAUGUUUACAGCUUUGGAGUGGUCUUGAUUGAACUAAUAUCAUCAAUGGUGGCUGUCGAUUUAAGUAGGUCACAAGAUGAGAUUAGUUUGGCUGAUCUAGCUUUGAACAGGAUACAAAGAUGUGCGUUAGAUCAAUUGAUAGACCCGGAUCUAGGAUCCGAUUCAGAUGCUGAAAUCAUGAGGAUGAUAACAUCAGUGGCAGAGUUGGCUUUUCAGUGUUUACAGUAUUAUUCAGAAAUGAGGCCUACGAUGAGUGAGGUGCUGGAUGUGUUGGAGGAUAUUCAAGCCCCAGGGAGAAUUGAUUCUAUAAAACCGCCAACACCGUCUGAAACCAGUGAUAAAACGGUUUUGUUGAAAGACUUCCUGCCUUCGCCAGUCUCCGUCACCGGUGAAUGGCAUAGCGAAAGCACCGUGUCAACUACACUAAGCAUUAGAUAG